GGCGGCGGCGGCCAUGGAUGACCAGGGCUGCCCGCGGUGCAAGACCACCAAGUACCGCAACCCCUCCUUGAAGCUGAUGGUCAACGUCUGCGGGCACACGCUCCAAGCUAGAAGAGUAAGCAGCACCAUCAAGCUAUGCUAAUGUUGUAAGCCAUUUUCCUCCGUUCAGUGUCCAAGAGGCUUGAUUCCUUAUCUGCCAUCAUCCCUCCAUGAAGUGUAUGUGUGGGGAAUGCAGGACUGGGCACAAAUCUUGUACCCUUUGAAGACAAUUUGUCCAAAACAAACACUCAGUUCCAAUGUGAGAGCUGUGUGGAACUGCUGUUUGUGAGAGGAGCUGGGAAUUGCCAGGAGUGCGAUACCCCCCUGCGGAAGAGUAACUUCAGGGUACAGCUCUUUGAGGAUCCUGCUGUUGACAAGGAAGUGGAAAUUCGGAAGAAAGUGCUGAAAAUAUUUGAGAGCCCUUGGAAUGGAGAUAAAUGAGGUCUAAAAUUGCAUCUCGCUCCUUGUGGCCAAGAAACAUUUUAUAAGGAAAAUCAGUGAGCCAAUUGAUGUUUUGGUAGAAGAGGGUCUGAUGGAACGUAACAAACCUGGAGAGAGUUGUGUGUGCAAAAAUGAAGGUGCAGAUACAAUAAAAGAGAGGAUGACUUUCCCAGUCUAAGUGAAUAUAAUGAUUUCCUGGAAGAAAUAGAAGAAAUUGUAUUUAACUUGACCAACAAUGUAGAUUUGGAGAACACCAAAAGGAAAAUGGAGCUGUACCAGAAGGAUAACAAAGAAGUCAUUCAGAAAAAUAAGAUAAAACUGACGCGGGAGCAGGAAGAACUGGAGGAAGCUUUAGAGGUAGAGCGACAGGAAAAUGAACAAAGGCGACUGUUCAUACAGAAAGAAGAACAGCUACAACAGAUGAUAAAAAGGAAGAAUAAGCAGGCACUCUUGGAUGAUCUGGAGAGCUCCAGUCUUCCUGCUUCACUGCUUUUAGCUCAGCAUAAGGACAGAUCUACUCAACUAGAAAUGCAACUGGAAAAACCCAAACCUGUCAAACCAGUCACGUUUUCCACUGGCAUCAAAAUGGGUCAGCAUAUUUCACUAGCUCCCAUUCAAAAGCUAGAGGAAGCUUUGUAUGAGUAUCAGCCUCUGCAAGAGGAGACAUAUGGACCACAAGUUCCAGAGCUUGAAAUGCUGGGAAGGCUGGGGCUGGAGAGUAGCAAUGCAUACAUCUGUGAGGAGGAGAAGAGGGCAAACCCUGUAAAAAGAGGAGGUCUCAUAUCUUGGCUAUUGCUGGCAUUAGCCCACCAGGCAUGUGUCCGGGCACCUCUGUGCUGUCAUUACAAAAAGUCAGGUAUCUCAACCAUGUACGAGCCGCCUCUCCGCAGGAUCUUUCUGGGGGCUACACUUCUUCUCUUGCUUGCCACCGAGCCUUACAGGAUGCUUUCAGUGGCCUUUUCUGGCACCCCAGUUAGCCAGCGUGCAUCAGCCUGUGAUCAAGGGACACAAAACGGAGCAAGAAGGAAAUCGAGCCAGCAAAGGUUGGGUAAAAUUGUUGCCAUCUGCACAAUGGCUAAGCUGCAGUCACUUUUCUGGGUAAAACCAGCUGUGUUUAAGUGUUAAAGGCAAGGAAAAAAAAACCAAACCCAAACCCGUCUGCACGAGAGCUUUGUAAAAUGGUAGAUACAUUUUUGUGGAGGGGGAAACUCGUUAGUCAUGUGGCACUUUGCUGAGGGAGGCUGAAGCAAUAAGCCACAUCUAAUGGAAGAUGUGAAUAACUCAGCUGUGUACGUUUGAGGUUUAAAGAAAUACACUUGUAAAUUUUUUUUAAAUAAAGCCAGACUUUUUUAUUAAAGUUUGUGGUUUUACUCUUAUUGCAGGGUUUUAUUUGCACAAGCAUUUAAAUGCCAUUUUGAUUAUAACAUUUAGUGUCAAUAUUCAAGCCUACAUUUUCUUCCCAUAAAACUCGUUUCCCCAGUUCAGACAAGUGGGUUUUUCCUCCUGCCAGCUGGAUGAGAUGAGAAACCCUGGAACUAUGCUGACACAACUCUUAUGCAGGAUCCUUCCUGAUGUCACUUGGUUCUUACCUUUGUCUGGAAAACCGAUCUUCCGCUGAAAGUCUUUCAGCCAAGUUCCUCUAGAAGCAAUCUCAGAAGCCUUGAUACAAGGCUUGGUCAUUAAAGCAGCCAAAAUUGGGUUUGUUUUCUUUCCUGUUUAGCUCCGUUUGCAACUUUUCUGUCACGUGCUCAGGAGCUUCUUCUGGCAGGAACAUCCCUUUGUCUGGCUUUCGGGAUGAGCCUUGCCACUUGUUCUGCUGCUUUUACAUAUUCCUUCCCCUCUCCUUGUAGUGGAAUGUAGACUAAUUGCAGCAGUGAUGGGCUUCCUCUGGCGGGACUGGUCCUUGCCAUGAGGGUGUGUAAACUGCAGCAGACUGGAAACUGCUCAGGACAGCGAGCACCUCUAGAGCAAAGCCUGGAGCACGUUUUAUGGGUCAUCUGUUAACAGUUGUUGGAUACUGCUCUGAGGAGUGCGCUAAAUUAAUGUAUUUUUUCUAUGUUGUAAUAAAGAGAAGAACAAGUUCUA